AUGGCUUCACCAAUUCAAAGACCUUCAGGUAUUUUAUUCGCUGGUAUUUCUACCAUUGCCUUAGCUGGUUAUUCAUAUGUUCAAUUAAAUUCAAAAGCUUUUGAAAAUCAAUACGUCUUGAGUGGACAUGCUUUAAAAACAGGUACACCAAUUAGAACAAAUGCAAGAAGUUGUACAAUAUUACCACAAUUUGUUGGAUUAAAAUUUCAAGUUCAUAAUGGUAAAGAAUAUGUUCAAUUUGAAGUUAUUGAUGAUAUGGUUGGUAGUAAAUUAGGUGAAUUUGCACCAACAAGAAAACCAUUUAAAUAUACUCAAACUAAAAAUAAAUAG